AUGACUCAAGGAAACGAUACCCUGAGCAAAACGACCUCCUUCCCGUCAAUUUCACACGCCGAGCAAGGCAGCUCGAAUAGCACCACCCUCAGCCGAACUGAUACGGCCAUCCUCAUUGGCAAUCUCGCGACGGUAUUGCCUGAAUUGCGUCCACUCGACUCUCCAGCUAGGGCGGCCACUCAAGCAGAACAGAAACUGACCUUUAUUGGCGGAUGCCGCUUGUACCCCAAGGCCAUAGCCUGGUCGUGUAUUUUGUCCUCCACCCUGAUCAUGGAAGUAUUUGAUACCCUUCUUAUCUUUAACUUUUUUACUUCCCCGGCAUUCAAGCAAAAAUACGGAACACCCUCUCCAGGCUCCGGGUAUCAAAUCUCCUCAACGUGGCAAUUUGCUUUAUCAACUGCCGCAGAGGCUGGGGAGAUAGUCGGGCUCCUUGUGAAUGGCUAUCUCGCCGAUCAAAUCGGGUAUCGCUGGACCAUCGUCUCUGCAUUGACCUUCCUCAUGUUCAGCAUUCCUUUAUCAUUUUUUGCGGUGAACAUUCGGAUGUUGUUAGCAGCACAAAUCGUGUGUGGGAUCCCAUGGGGCAUUUUUCAGACGUUAUCAACCACAUACGCAGCUGAAGUGAUGCCUGUAAAGCUACGUGCUUACCUACUCAGCAAUGUCAACCUGUGCUGGGUUUUGGGCCAGCUUUUGGUUACAGGGAUAAUGAGGACAUUUGUCGGCAACACUUCCCAGUGGUCGGAUCGGGUCCCCUUUGCACUUCAAUGGGUGAUUUGUUUCCCCAUUUUGAUCGCGGUCAUGUUCGCCCCAGAAUCCCCCUGGUGGCUUAUCCGUCACAGACGAGAAUGUGAUGCCAAAAGGUCAUUGGCGAGGUUGACCAGAAAGUACAAAAUCAAUGUCGACCAGAUAAUCGCUAUGAUGAAGCAUACCAACGAGAUUGAAAAAUGUUUGAAAGAAGACGAUGGGGGCAUGUCAUAUUUAGACGCCUUCAAGGGGGUGGAUCGCCGACGAACCAAGAUCGCCUGUAUGGCUGGGUUUAGCGCCGCCAACGCCUCCAACCUCUCCCUUGGCAUCUACGGGAUAGCCAUAGUUAGCGCUGCGAUUUCCUGGUCGCUCCUAUCGCGUUUCGGACGUCGUAGGCUGUAUCUCUGCGGUCUAUCAGCUCUACUAACCAUUCUAUUGAUUGGCGGCGUUGUCGGCGCUCUUCCAACAUCCCGUGGCCAGCUAUGGACUCUUGGGUCCCUGCUGUUGAUUCUGACAUUCGUGUACGACAUGACCAUCGGACCUGUGUGCUAUGUUCUGGUCGCAGAAAUCCCAUCGACUCGGCUUCGUGUAAAAACAGUUGUUAUGGCUCGGACGGCCUACAACUUAGCUGGGAUCCUCAUCAAUUGGAUCACCCCACGUAUGCUCAGCCCCACGGCGUGGAACUGGAAGGGAAAGUCCUGUUUCUUCUUCGCUGGCACGACAGCGCUGUGUCUUAUCUGGUGUUACUGGAGGCUGCCUGAGACCUUUGGCUUGAGCUAUUUGGAGAUUGACAUCUUGUUCGAAAGAAAAGCGAAAGCCAGCAAGUUCCGCGAGCUUCGGGCCAACCUCGAAAGCUCGGGAUAUUUUAGCAUUGAGCACUCGGCAGAUGAGGCAAGCACCUGGCGGAGGUAUUGA